AAUAUAUUUUCUCCAUCCUCUAUCUGUUUGUCUCUCUCUGCUAUUUCCUUCUCUUACGCGGAGCUGGGUUGGGAUGGUAAGCCCUAACCCUAGGACGAAUUGCACGGAAUAAUCCGAAACGGUGUUUCUCCCAAUCAUCAGGACGCGGAUAUAAGCUUGAAGAAGAUUAGUCAAUUUACAGCAUGGUUGCUUCAAUUGCUGCCUCUGCUUUCUUCCCGGCACAAUCAUCUUCUUCCGUGGCAUCUGUGAAGACUUCAAAGAUUAUUGGUGAAGGUCCAGAGUCAUUGACUGUUGGGGGAAUUGUUGCCAAACCUGCAUCAUCCUCCGGUGCCAUGCAGGUUAAGGUCAAUGCUCAAGCUGUUCCUAAGAUCAAUGGAACGAAAGUUGGUUUGAAAUCUGAGUUCCUGAAGGCUGAGGAUGAUGCUUCUUCUUCUGCCCCGAGAACAUUUUAUAAUCAACUUCCAGACUGGAGCGUGCUCCUUGCAGCCAUCACCACCAUCUUCUUGGCAGCUGAGAAGCAGUGGACUCUCCUUGACUGGAAGCCACGGAGGCCUGACAUGCUUGCUGAUGCAUUUGGCCUCGGGAAGAUUGUUCAGGACGGGCUUGCUUUCAGGCAAAACUUUUCGAUUAGGUCGUAUGAGAUUGGGGCGGAUCGAACAGCUUCUAUAGAAACUUUAAUGAAUCAUUUACAGGAGACAGCACUUAACCAUGUGAAGAUUGCAGGCCUUAUGGAUGAUGGUUUUGGUGCUACACCUGAAAUGUCUAAAAGAAAUUUGAUUUGGGUCGUCGCCAAAAUGCAUGUUUUUGUGGAUAAGUACCCUUCAUGGGCAGAUGUUGUUCAAGUUGAUACUUGGGUUGGUUCGUCCGGAAAAAAUGGGAUGCGCCGCGAUUGGCACGUUAUUGACUGUCAAACAGGUGAAACUAUAGUGAGAGCUACAAGUGUUUGGGUGAUGAUGAACAAACAAACCAGGAAGCUAUCUAAAAUGCCAGAUGAAGUAAGGGCCGAAAUAGGUCCCUACUUCAUAGAGCGCACUGCCAUUAUAGAUGAGGAUAGUAGAAAGCUACCAAAGCUCCAUGAUGACACAGCUCAGUAUGUGCGAGAAGGCUUAACUCCUCGUUGGGCUGACCUGGAUGUGAAUCAACAUGUGAACAAUGUCAAGUAUAUUGGCUGGAUUCUUGAGAGUGCCCCAACUACCAUUAUGGAGAGCCAUGAGCUUGCAGGAAUGACUCUUGAAUAUAGAAGGGAGUGCGGAAGGGACAAUGUGCUGAAGUCUCUGACCUCUGUCAAUAACUGUCCCGGUGGGUCGGAAGGUGCCGGAAUGGAGUGCGUUCACCUGUUGCAGCUUGAUGGCGGCGAUGAGAUUAUGAGGGGACGAACACAGUGGAGGCCCAAGAGCGCCCGGGUCUUCGACAACAAGGGGCCUCUCCCAGUAGGAAGCUCAUGAAGUUUCACUCAACUUAUCAUCUUGGUUCUGUAUCUGCUGCAGCAAAGAGAUAGGGAGAUGGUGAACCCAAUAACUUCAUACUGCUGCUCAUGUUUAUUGUUUAUCUUGUUUAUUUUUUUGCCUAUGCUUGUAAUUAAGCAAAAAGCUGUUAGAUUUGUGUUCCUUGAUGCUUUCUUCUUCUUGUGUGAGAUUUAAGGGAAAGUUAUUGUAGAAUAUUGGUUUGAUGAUAAUCAUGGCUAUAUGUUUUUCUCACAAAUGUAUUAAGUAUUUGAAAGGAGAUCACUAACUCUUGUUGAAGGCAACUUGUUUGAUGAAAUUCCAUUGUAUGAUUAUUUUUGGGA